AUGAAACCAUUGGAUGGCAUCAAGGUGCUCGACCUUACCCGCGCCCUGGCCGGACCUUUCUGCACCCUGAUGCUCGGAGAUUACGGCGCCGAUGUCAUCAAAAUCGAAAUGCCCGGUAGCGGGGAUGACACCCGCAAGUGGGGUCCCCCCUUCAUCGGUGAAGAAUCCGCCUACUUCCUGUCCGUUAACCGCAAUAAGCGCAGCCUCACGCUCAAUCUUCGCGACGAGAAGGCGCAGCAGGUUUUUCUUAAGCUCGCUGCUGACGCCGAUGUGGUGGUAGAAAAUUUCACCCCGGGCGUGAUGGGUCGCUUCAACCUGGACUACGACACCAUUAAGCAGGUGAACCCCGGCGUCGUCUAUUGCUCCAUCUCCGGGUUCGGCGCCACCGGGCCGUAUCAGAGCCGCCCCGCCUACGAUCAGAUCAUGCAGGGUAUCAGCGGCAUCAUGAGCAUCACCGGCGACCUGGGCGGCGAUCCGCAGAAGGUGGGCAUCGCCGUUGCCGACAUCGGCGCCGGCAUGUGGGCCGCUUUCGCCAUCAUGACCGCUCUGUUCCACCGGGCUGGCUCCGACGGCAAGGGUCAAAAUAUCGACCUGUCCAUGCUGGAUUCCCAGGUUGCCUGGAUGACCUACCAGGCCGGCUAUUACUUCGCCACCGGCCAGGCUCCGCAACGCCUCGGCGCUGCCCAUCCCACGCUGGUGCCCUAUCAGGCGUUCAUGGGCAAAGAUGGCAAAUAUUUCAACGUCGCUGUGGGCUCCGAUCGCCUGUGGGACCGCUUCUGCCAGGGCAUCGAUCGAAUGGACUUGCACGAGAACCCCAACUACAUCGAUAACGGCGCCCGGGUCAACCACCGUUCGGAGUUGGUGCCCCUGCUGCAGGAAUUCUUCCUCGCCCGCGAUGCCGACGAUUGGGUCACCGAUCUGCAAGCCGUCAGCGUUCCCGCCGGGCCUAUCAAUGACUUGGCCGACGUGUUCAGCGACCCACAGGUUAUCCACCGUGAAAUGCUGCUGGAAAUGACCCAUCCAACGCUGGGCGUCAUCAAACAAACGGGUCUGCCCAUCAAAUUCUCCGAAACACCCGGCGGCCUCGACAAACCCCCACCAUUGCUUGGCGAACACAACGGCGAGAUAUUAACGUCGCUGGGGUAUUCAACCUCCGAAGUUGAAAACAUGGUUGCCGCUGGCGUGAUCUGA